AUGGGGAGGAAGAGGAUCACCCAGACUGCAACGGCAAAAAGAGCAGCCGAGGAGUGCCGCGCGAUGACCCCAGUAGCAGUGAAGGGACACUGUGCGGUAUACACCGCUGAUGGGAGCCGGUUCGAGGUGCCACUGGUGUUCCUCAGCACGGCAGUCUUCAGCGAGCUCCUGAGGAUGUCUCAGGAGGUGUUUGGAUUCUCAGGCGGCAAUGAUGGCCGGAUCACGCUGCCCUGUGACGCUGUGGUCAUGGAGUACACCAUGCGCUUGCUCCGGAGAGAUGCCUCCGCCGAAGUAGUGAUGGCGUUCCUGAGCUCCAUCGCGAGGCCGUGCUGUUUUGACGGCAGUGUGGCGGCGCCAUGCAUAGGGCUUAGCCAGUAUGUAGCUGUUUGUUAG